AUACUGUACUUACCAGCAACCAAUCACAUCCAAAUAUUCCUAGCUUGUGCACCAGCUGCCAAAAGCCUCAGGAAUUUACCCUUCUCCUACCAAGUACCAACCAAACUCACCAAGAAAGCCAAAGACAACAAGCUCAAACCCCGAGAUCUCUCUGCAUCACCACCUCUACCCCCGGUGCGGUCGUCGUGCGGUCGUCGCACCCGCAAUGGCGACCGAUGCGAUCCUGGAGACGAUCAAGCCGCGGCGGAGCGAGGACCUCCCGGUGACCACCGCCGCGGGAGCCGGCCAUAAGGGCGGGAUCGGGCUGCGCCGGCGCAUGUCGUCCUUCUCGGUGCGCAUCCAGCCGCCGGGCGCCGUGGCGGCGUUCCGGCGCGCGCAGUCGAUGCCUUCGGUGAAGGCGCUGGCGGCGGCGGGCGCGCUGCGGCGGUGGUGGGAGUGGGGUCUCGGGUGGGUGAUGGCGCGGCGCCCGCUCUUCGCGCGCGGGCUCGAGAUGAGCGAGGACGAGGCCGCCGCGCUGGGGGGAUGCCACAACAGGGGAACGUGGCUGCACGUCUUCUACAAGGUCCGCGCCGGGGCGCGGCGCCUCCUCGGCCGCGACGGGCGCCCGCUCCCCGCGCGGGACUUCAGGUACGACUCCGUCAGCUACGGGCAGAACUUCGACGACGGUGAUGCCUGAGAGCCAUGAGCUCUGGGAUUCUCCCUCCUACACGUACGUGCAUGGGUUCUCCCGCCAUUGUUACAAACGGGAGCCAUAUACAUAUCUUGGUCGAUCGAUCGGUGCGGCAUUGCUUAGUGCUUACGGUAAGCUGCAAUAAAGCAAGUAAUUUUGUGGUAUAUAUGGCAUAUGUACUUAUAUAAUCUGGUGUGUAUGACCGCAUCGAUCGAUUCAUCUGGGCUAAGAUAUCGAUCAGCGCUGCGAAGUUCGACAUCAGAUCGAUCGACCGUCUGUCAAGCUGUAAUAUUAUUUCUUUUUUCGAUUUUGCUCCAGUUUCUUGGAUUCGUCCUUCCUGAACACGUCCAUGGAUCAAUCUUGGACUGGCAAGUGUAAAUGUUCUGUAAUAAUACAUUGCAGCCCAAUCCAAUGGCACUACAUCAUUUGUGAUC